UUCGCGGAAGUGGCUCAGAGGUGAAUCGUCACGAGCAGCUUUGACAUUAGUUUGAAACUGUUGGAAAGCUAAAAUACAGGGUUAAAACCCAAUAAUUAGAGCAUGUUAACGGACUUAUUUUAAUUUAUUCAUACAAAACGCGUAAAGUAUGUUUAAGAACUGGGGAGGCUGGCUCGGAGCAGAGAAUCAAAGAGUCACGGGAGAGCCUGCUGGGAUAAACAAACCGAGCGACCAGCACAGCACCACCGAGAAAGAUGCUCAGCUUCUCCAGAAAGCUACAGGUUUUAGUGGUUACAUUUAUAAUUUCGCCAGCAGCGCCUCCAAGAAAUUGUCUGAGUCUGUAGCAGAAACAGCUCAAACCUUAAAGAAGAGCAUGGAGGAGGGGAAGAUCAGUGCAAUGAUUGAUAAGACAAUUUUGGGUGAUUUCCAGAAGGAACAAGAGAAGUUUGUUGAGGAGAAAAGGGCGAAGGAGUUUGGUGCUGCUGUGCCUCCGUGGGUGGGUUAUAAUGAGGAGGACACCGUACAGGAACAGAUUUUAGCGCUCUCAGCUGACAAAAGAAAUUUUUUGCGCGACCCUCCUGCUGGGGUGCAGUUUUACUUCGACUUUGACCAAAUGUAUCCAGUUGCCAUGGUGAUGCUGGAGGAAGACAAGCUCCUGAGGAAGAUGCGCUUUCAUCUGGUCCCCAAACAGGUGAAAGAGGAAGUCUUCUGGAAGAAUUACUUCUACCGCGUAUCCCUGAUAAAACAGUCGGCUCAGCUCACAGCUCUGGUAGCCCAGCAGGCCCCUGAGUGGAGGGACGUGAAGAAAACCUCCUCCAGUUGUAAAGAUCCUCAUCAGAAGGAUGCAGUUAAACAGAAACCCAGCAGGCUCAAAUCAAAAUCAAAUGAGGAUGAAGAGGAGCUCUCCACCAGUCUGCACCUGUCUGAAUUUGUAAGUGAUGCUUUUGGUUCGUGUAACAUAAACAAGGACGACCUGCACAAAGAGAUGGAACAGCUGGUUCUGGAUAAGAGGGAAAACCGGAACACAGAGCAGGAGGAGAUGCCAGACUGGGAGAGAGAGCUGCAGGAGGAGCUUCAGGAGUACGAAGUGUUGGCUGAUAGCGAAACCUGUGACGAUAACUGGGACAGAGAGAUCGAAGAGAUGCUGAAGGAGGAGAGUUAGAGGAAUUACCCGCUCUCCUCCAACUUUGAUUUCUUACAUUUUCAGUCCUCUAACAGCUCUCCCCACAUCCAUGUGUUCCUCCUCAGAUGAAGAGUUGGGAAGUUUGCAUUCAUGUGUGUUUCCUUCAUAAUGUGAAGACAAAACGGACGUUACAGAGACAAUAAGUCACAUCUUAUCGCUCAGACCGUUUCAAUGAUUAAUAGCAGAUUCCGGUAUAUUAUUUACUUUACCCGACUUGUUUUCGGGAUUACAGGUAAAAAGAUCUUUUCUAAAUGAUCUAACUCACUCUAUGUUGUGGGCGACUAACAUACCAACCUGACGUCAUGUUACAAAUGAAAAAUUUGACUUGUAGCACAUACAUUUGCACUGUCAACCAAAACCAAAUAUCUGCUUCCAUCCACGGUGUCGUUUGCUGUCAAUAACUGGAGUUUUUUCCCUUAAUUUUCAAUAGACUGUAUAUAAAAGAUGGAUACAGCUACUGUGAGACACCCACUGGUUUUGGACUCCACAUUUUAAAGCCUCAGUAUUAGCGUUUUGUCUGCCUUGAUGAUGUUUUUUUGGAACCAGAGGGUGGAGUGCUGUUAUCAGCUGCGUUGAUGCAGCUUUGCCAUUACAACUCCAGGAUGAGUUGUAAAAAAUAACCCAGGGUAUAGUUGUUAUGUAGGAGGACGUGGGCACAAAGAGUCAGACUUGACAAACUGGUUGAGUGAACGUUGAUGUAAAGUUUGCUGACCUUAACUAAUAUUAGCCACCUUCAUUACGUUGUUUCUGAGCCCUAAACUGAAGCUAGUGCCUUAAACUUGCAUUCUUUGUAAUGGCCAGGAUGAAUCAUUAGUUUCAUGUGUGGUUGAACACAAAAUGCUCAUUUUGUGGAUAAAAAGGACGGUUAAAAAAAUAAAUAAGAGCGUACGGCAUCCAUCGGUUUCACGGUCAGAUCCAGCGCAACUCAUGGCAUUUGGGUUCAGUGGCUGCAGCCAUUGUUUAUAUACAGUCUGUAGCCAUACAACGCAUGUAAGGCUGUGGCAACAAAACAGGUGAACGUGCUAAAGAAAGGGUUGAAAGAGUGCUGCUUCUUGCACACAGCAGGCUCGUUUGGAAGCUACAUUUCAGGCACAAAUUCUGUUAUAUUGAGUUCCAAGUAAUGAAAACCAGAUUAACUGUAACUCAUCAGACCGGAUACUUUAGUUUUGGUCCAGAGGAUUUCAUGUAACCAGUAAAGUAUAUAUUUUUAUAUUUGAAUGCAUUGUUUUCUUUUUGCUGCUGCUGGUUUAAUGUGGAGACAUACGAGUCCAAAACAAGCAGUUUUCUUCCUGUUUAUGAGAUUUUAUUCUGUAAUUUCCAUGUUGUGGUUUCUGCUGUAUUUGUACCAGCACACUUUAGUAAACAUUAAGUUUAUUAUUACCUUCAGUGUUUUGCAUUUCUCUCUCAUACACUUG